CUCCCGCGGUUAGGGUAAGGGAGUGAUCUUUUUUUCAUUUGUUGGAGAUUGUCUCUGUUAAUAUGUUGAUAUGAAUACAAAGAGAGGAACUUUUUAUGAUGGAAGAUACCCUGGAAUCACAGAAAAAGGAGGAGCGUGGGACACAAAGAAAAUCCGUCGCCAUAGCAGAACUAGAAAAUCCCCUCAAUAAGCAGCUGGCCCAAGUUUCUCCCUUGGAACUGAUUCUAGGAAGGUAAUCCCAGUGGGGAGGUUGCUGAAGAAGACAGGAGUUUCACGGAGGCCCUGCAAUACAAGAUCCAAGACAUUAGUCUUGCAGACGAUGAUGAUCUCUUGGAAGUUAAGAAGAAGAUUAUGAUACGACAAUGUCAAUGUAGUGAACUUGUGGGAAGACUUGUUUCCGAGAAAAAACAAAAUAUCAAAUCAAUGAAGAUUGCCCUUUCCAAAGCAUAGAACCUCAAGAAAAUUUUUUAGAUUACUGACUCUAAUGACCAACUUUUCGCUUUUCAGUUUUUGGAAAGAGGCGAUUGAGAUAAAGUAUGGCGUGGAGGACCUUGGCACUAUGACAAUCACCUCUUGAUUUUUCAGCAGGCAGAUGCUUUUCACAAGCCUAAGACGAAGGACUUCAACAUAAUGGAAAUUUGGAUUAGAAUAUAUGAUUAACUGUGCCUUUGAAUACUAUUGAGAUGGCGCAAAAGAUUGCAACCCGUUUUGGCAUAUUCAUAUGGUUUAACAACAAAAUGGAUAGUUUACUGGAAGAUUUCCUGCGCUUAAGGAUUGGAAAUAAUAUAAGGAUACCUCUAAAACAGGAGCUGAAGCUCAAGGUUCAAGGCGAGGUUAUGAGUUUCACUGUUAAAUACGAGAAAUGACCUUUGUUCUGUUUUUUCUAUGGAAAAGUAGGCCGCCCAAAACUGUAAUGCCCUACCCCUCUAGCGGAUGGGAAGGAUUUAUUCAAACCGGAGCUGCGUGUGGGCCCUCUUCAAAAUCAAUCCUGACAAUCCAAACAAGAGAAUGAGGAGUCAGAUGAGCUAUGGAUGGCAUUGAGAGUGAAAUUUGAUAGAGAAGCUAUUACUGCAAGAAUGAAAUUGGAAGAGGCCAAAUACCGAAAAGGAAAUCCAUCCCAGUUAGGGAAGGAGGCCUCUCUGAACUCAGUAAGUUACCAACAAGCCAGGAACGAAGAGAAAAGAAGAAUGUUUACUCAUUGCACAUGCAAAAAAAAUAUACAAAGGAAGGGUACAUUGUUUCAGCUGAGGAUAUUUGGAAUCGUCGCCACGCUAAUGAGCAAAAAGAGGAGUUAACAAAUACAGAAUCCAACACUCAUACUGUGGACCUGAUGGAAAAAGCUUUUUAAUUCUGGUAAAGAGGAGCUGAUUUUCUCUACGGGAAAAAUGGAUAAACCGUUACCACAUAACAUCAAACAGAGAAAGUGGGCUCGACAAUCACGCCAAAGUAGACAUGUGGAUAAACCCAUGACACAACUGACACCCCAGAAGAGGGAGCUGGAGCCUCAAAUUUCUGAUGGUGAGAGUAGUGAAAGAGGUGGGGACAAGAAGGGGGUGCUAGAAGGCAAAGGUUCUCAAUUUUCAUAUUAAUCAUAUCCAAAGGAGGGUCAGGUGAAGACUGAGAACAAGAAGGAUGUUACUACAUUGUUGGAAGAUGAUAAAACAAAGAAGGAUGGCGGUGAGGCGGACCUGGCAACCAGGUGACUCGUACGAAACUACACCACAAAUUAAUCCCGACUAGAGUCCAAGUUCUUAAACUCUAGCCUGGUGCAGUAUAGUGCAAGUAUUUAAAUAUCGACUCGGGUGAUCCAUAUACCCGUUCUUCAAUCGCUUAAGUUGUUAUCUAUCAAAACGGUUUUGGGUUUAUGAUUAAUGGAAAUACAAACUAAACAAGCAAAGAAAAGUAAAUAAAGGAAAAGUCUAAUUAAGGGAGCUUCACUCAGGAGUUGCUUCCCCCUAACUAGCUACCAUGGCUCGUGGGAUUGAAUGGAGUCGUGUGGCGUGAGUGGUUGUGAACCACGGGGGUGAGAAACUAGUGAUAGAUGUGUCAUGGAAUCAAAUUACUAGCGAUCGAUUUGUCACGGGAUCGAUCCACUCAACAAGUCUAGGGAAACCACUAGGAGGAGCAACUAGUGAUCCAUUUGUCAUGGGAUGGAUUCACUGGAGGUCGAUUUGUCACGGGAUUGAUCCUCUCACUAAGUCACUAGUGGUUGCCUAGGUCUCUCCCUCAAAUUGGAGUUUGAGCAGCUUAAUCACAACCAACCUAGAUGCAAACUUGAGUCAAGGGUCCCUAACCUAGAUUUCUAAGCACAAGCAUGCACAACCCUUGGAUUGCUAAGCACAAACAUGCACAAUCCAUGAAAACACCUCUAAUACUCAAAUUGAUUCAAACCCACACUUAAUCAUUCAAUCCAAACAAGUAAUUACAACGUAUUAGUUAGGGAUCGAAAACACCCAAGAGAAAAGAGUGAGUUUCUAGAUCUUCUUCUUCUUCUUCUAGGCUUGAAUCUCCACCCAAGCCUCCAAUGAUGCUCCAAGAUCACUAUAGCACUCUCUUUAUCACUAGAACUCCCCUUUGGUGUUUAUGGGCAAACCCUAGAGAAAGAAACCAAUUCUUCUCCAAAAACCAGCUCCCCUUUUUCUCUCCCCGCUGUUGUCUUCAUAAUUACCCGAAAGCGAUCUGUUCACGGACGCGUUGGCCAGUUCACGGUCAUGAACACCUAAACGCGUUCGUGAACUCAGUCGUCUCCAAAACGCACCGCCUUGCUUCCUAGGUUCACGGUCUUAGAGACCGUGAACUGCCUUGUCGUCAGUAACUUCAGGAACCUCGUUGGACGCCUCGGUGUUCACGGUUUGUGGUCGAAGUUCAUGGUCUUAGAAGACCAUGAACUGCCUCGUCCGGCCAUGAACUGCGGUUGUUUCCUGGGAGGGCUUCACUUCACUGUUACGAGGCAAUUGUCACGGACUUCAGACUUUACUUCGGAUUUUGCACUUUUUGACCUCCAAUUAUCCCAAAAUUCGACCUCGACCCUUCCACACGUGCUAGGUCCUAAAAUGUAUCAAAACAAACACAACCUAACGUGAAAUAUGUCGAGGAAUGAUGAAAUACUUAGCUAAACAAAUAAGAAAUGAGGGGUAAAAUGUCUACAUUUGGGCCCGAAUCACCUGGCAAUGCCACCUAGCCCAAUAAACGUCCUAAGUUAUAAUUGUUGGGGGUUGAGGAAUUCCCAGGCAAAUAAAGAGUGGAGAAAUUGCUUCGUCGUGAAAAUCCCAAGAUUGCCUUUCUAAUGAAAACUAAAAAACAGGAACAUGAGUGGGAGGCAGUGAUCAAAGAGUUAGGAUGGAAGAAAGGAAAAGGAGUAGGAUAGGUAGAAAGGGCGGGGGGACUGUUGAUUUUAUAGAGUCAGGAAGUGCAGGUGGUGGUAAAAUCUAAGUAUACUAAUCAUAUUGAUGUGUGUGUGACAGAUGGAGGCUUUCAGUGGAGGCUGACUGGUAUUUAUGGGUGGCUUGAACAAGAUAAUAACACAUGAUGUCCACCCUACUCAGGGAAUUAAGAGAUAUGACAGAUUUACCUUGGCUUGUAUGUGGUGAUUUCAAUCUCAUUCAAAGAUAUAAAGAGAAGAAUGGCUUAAACCUUCCAAACGUUGCCGAGAUGGAUAUUUUUAAUGAUGCAUUGGAGGAUUGCAAGUUGGAGGAUUUAAGAUAUUAUGGGAAGAUCUUUACGUGGGCAAAUAAUCAACUGAUGACACCUACCUAGAGCAUAGGCUGGACAGAAUGGUUGCCACGGCUUCGUGGCAAUCUUACUACCCCAACGCAAGAGUUUACCAUCUUUGGAGAAGUAGAUCAGACGAUGCUCCUAUUUUUCUUCAAACUAGGCUGGUAAAUCAGGACAUAAAAUGGGGAUGGAGCUUUCAUUUUGAGUCAUACUGGAAAAAUCAUGUGGAUUGCAAACAAGUCAUAACUGAGACGUGGCAAGCUGGACAAAGUAUCUCACAUAUAGAAAAAAUCAAGACGUGUGAGGGACAACUAUUAGAAUGGAGCAAGAGGACAUUUGUGGACAUGGGAGACAGGAAAUAUAAAGCUUAAAGGGCCUUUGAUAAACUUAGUGCAAGCAGGUCAACUGCUGCGGUAGUUAUCUAGAGGAAGCCCUUGAGAGGGAGUUGAAUGAGAUAUUAAUUCAGGAAGAACUGAUGUGGAGACAGAGGUUAAGUGUUGACUAGUUCAAGGAGGGAGAUAAGAAUACGAAGUUCUUCCAUCGUAAGGCUUUAGAUAGCAAAAAUAGAAAUACUAUAUCUAAGCUGGUGAAAGAUAAUGGAGAGGUGAAGGAAGGACAGGAGGCAAUGGCGGGGUGCCUAACUAACUACUUUAAGUUUCUCUUUUGUGCAUGUAAUGCAAUACCCUCUGCCAGAAUUUUGGAAGCUAUCCAAUGAAAAGUUUCCCCUGCGAUGAAUGAGGAACUCUUGAAACCUUUUACCAAGGAUGAGAUUUGGAGGGCAUUAAAGAAGAUGGGACCACACAAAGCAUCUAGGGCAGAUGGCAUGACAGCCUUGUUCUUUCAGAAGAACUGGGAUGUGGUGGGACAAGAUGUGACCAAAGAGCUACAAUAAUUUCUUAAUGAAAGAUCUUUCCCACAAACACUCAACCAUACGCUGAUUGCUCUGAUCCCUAAGAAGAAGGUAGUGGAAUCACCCAGGAUUUUCGACCUAUUAGUCUUUGCAAGGUACUUUACAAGAUUCUUUCUAAAGUUCUUGCUAUUAGACUAAAGGGAGUUUUGAAUGAGGUGAUUAGUGAAUUUCAUAGUGCAUUCGUCUCGGGCAGACUCAUAACAGACAAUGUCAUGGUAGCUUUUGAGUAUUUCCACUCAAUGAAAAACAGAACUCAAGGAAAGAAAGGCUUCAUGUCGGCAAAGUUGUAUAUUUCCAAAGCAUACGACAGAGUUGAAUGGAGUUUUAUGGAAGGGUGAUGAAGAAGCUUGGUUUUCAUGAAAGAUGGGUGGCUAUGAUUAUGCAUUGUGUCUGGACAGUGUCCUACUCGAUACUUGUGAAUGGUCACUAAACUGAGACGUUUUUUCCAACUAGAGGUCUGAGGCAAGGCAACCCCAUUUCACCCUACUUGUUUCUUUUUAUUGCAGAAGGCCUAUAUGAUCUCUUAACACAAGCAGAAAGGGUAAAGAAAAUAAAAGGAAUUUGUGUAAAAAGAGGAGCUCCAUCUAUUAGUCAUCUACUCUUUGCGGAUAAUAGUGUUCUUUUUUCAAAGGCUACGAAGGAAGAGUAUGGACAUUUAAGGGCUAUCUUGAAUAUCUACGAGGAAGAAAGUGGGCAGAAAGUUAACCUGAUGAAAUAAGAAAUCUCCUUUUUUCGCCAAAUGUUGAUCACAAUAUAAGGAUUGAGUUUGG